UUAACCUUUUCCCUGUUGGUGAACUCAUUUGAUCUUUGCUGUUUGAAACUCUCUGACUCAUUUAGCUCAUGUCAAGUCCCUCUUUCUUUGUUAUGAAUUUAAAUUAUUCACUGUAGUAAACAUUUACUGAGUGCCUCCUGUCUUCCUGGCACUGUGCAGGGCAUUAGAGCCACAAAAUUGCUUGAUACACAGUCCCUCCCUUUGAGCUAGCACAGUAACAGGAAGACACACCCAUAAAUAACUUAGAGUGUGAAUGGGUAUAUAUGCCUUAAAAAAAAAAUGGCAUAUGUAUAUUAUUAAUCCCAUGUGAGGAAGAUAAAGACAGAGAAAUUGGAACUGGGCUUUAAAUGAUGAGAAAGACAUCUCCAAAGGGAUCUCAAAGGGGACAAAAAACAGAAGGUCAUUCUUGCAGGGGAAGUAAUAACAAAACAGAUCAGCAGGAAAGGGCAUGUGAUGUGCAAAGAAUGGCCAGUAGCCCAAUGCAAUUAAAGCGUGUGCUGUUGUGUGGAGUGGCUGCAGUUCUGUACUGUUUGCUCAGCAGUUGGUCAUACGAAGCAUUCAACAAGUGAAUAGAAGUACAUGCGCUCUCUGCCCAACUGGACUCCAAAUCCUUUUGGGAGCGUAGUCACUCCAAGAAAUAGAACAGAAUUCAACCAUGGCCCCAAGGAAAAGAGGUGGACGGGGGAUCUCUUUCAUCUUUUGCUGUUUCCGAAAUAAUGACCACCCAGAAAUCACGUAUCGGCUGCGUAACAACAGCAACUUUGAGCUUCAGACCAUGGAGCCGGCCUUGCCCAUGCCGCCUGUGGAGGAGCUGGAUGUCAUGUUCAGUGAGCUUGUGGAUGAACUUGACCUCACAGACAAACACAGGGAAGCCAUGUUUGCCCUUCCAGCAGAGAAAAAAUGGCAAAUAUACUGUAGCAAGAAAAAGGACCAAGAAGAAAACAAGGGAGCUACAAGUUGGCCUGAAUUCUACAUUGAUCAGCUAAAUUCUAUGGCUGCUAGAAAAUCUCUGCUGGCUUUAGAGAAGGAAGAGGAGGAAGAGAGAAGUAAAACUAUAGAGAGUUUGAAGACGGCACUAAGGACAAAACCAAUGAGGUUUGUAACCAGAUUCAUCGACUUGGAUGGCUUGUCAUGUAUUCUCAACUUUCUAAAGACCAUGGACUAUGAGACCUCAGAGUCUCGAAUACAUACCUCCCUCAUUGGAUGUAUAAAGGCGCUAAUGAACAAUUCUCAAGGUCGGGCUCACGUCCUGGCUCAUUCUGAGAGUAUUAACGUAAUUGCUCAGAGUCUGAGCACAGAGAACAUUAAAACAAAGGUGGCUGUGCUGGAAAUCUUGGGCGCUGUGUGCCUGGUUCCCGGGGGCCACAAGAAGGUUCUGCAGGCUAUGCUGCACUAUCAGAAAUACGCCAGCGAAAGGACCCGCUUUCAGACGUUAAUUAAUGACUUGGAUAAAAGCACUGGGCGGUAUAGAGAUGAAGUGAGCCUCAAGACUGCCAUCAUGUCCUUCAUUAAUGCAGUGCUAAGUCAAGGCGCAGGAGUGGAAAGUUUGGACUUUAGACUUCAUCUUCGUUAUGAAUUUCUGAUGUUAGGAAUUCAACCUGUAAUAGAUAAGUUAAGAGAACAUGAAAAUUCUACGUUGGAUAGGCAUUUAGACUUUUUUGAAAUGCUCCGAAAUGAAGAUGAACUAGAAUUUGCCAAAAGAUUUGAACUGGUUCACAUAGACACAAAAAGUGCAACUCAGAUGUUUGAGCUGACCAGAAAGAGGCUGACUCACAGUGAAGCUUACCCUCACUUCAUGUCCAUCCUGCACCACUGCCUCCAAAUGCCUUAUAAGAGAAGUGGAAACACUGUUCAGUACUGGCUACUGCUAGAUAGAAUUAUACAGCAAAUAGUUAUCCAAAAUGACAAAGGACAAGACCCUGACUCCACACCUUUGGAAAACUUUAACAUUAAGAAUGUCGUACGAAUGUUGGUUAAUGAAAACGAAGUUAAGCAGUGGAAAGAACAAGCAGAAAAAAUGAGAAAAGAACACAAUGAACUGCAACAGAAAUUGGAAAAGAAGGAGCGGGAAUGUGAUGCCAAGACACAAGAGAAGGAAGAGAUGAUGCAAACCUUGAAUAAAAUGAAAGAGAAACUUGAAAAGGAGACGACUGAACACAAGCAAGUCAAGCAGCAGGUGGCGGACCUCACUGCACAGCUCCACGAGCUCAGCAGGAGGGCCAUCUGUGCUUCAGUCCCAGGUGGACCCUCACCUGGAGCCCCAGGAGGGCCCUUUCCUUCGUCAUUGCCAGGGGCUCUCCUUCCUCCUCCUCCUCCCCCACCUCUACCAGGUGGACUGCUUCCUCCUCCACCACCUCCCCUCCCUCCAGGUGGCCCUCCACCUCCCCCAGGGCCCCCUCCUCUAGGUGGGGGGAUCAUGCCACCUCCUGGUGCUCCACUGGGUCUGGCACUUAAGAAGAAAAACAUUCCUCAACCCACAAAUGCCCUGAAGUCCUUCAACUGGUCUAAGCUGCCUGAGAACAAACUGGAUGGAACAGUAUGGACUGAAAUUGAUGAUUCAAAAGUCUUUAACAUUUUAGAUCUUGAAGACCUAGAAAGAACUUUCUCUGCCUACCAAAGACAACAGAAAGAAGCAGAUGCCAUUGAUGACACACUGAGUUCCAAAUUUAAAGUCAAAGAACUUUCAGUGAUUGAUGGUCGGAGAGCUCAGAACUGCAACAUUCUUCUGUCGAGGUUAAAAUUAUCCAAUGAUGAAAUCAAACGGGCAAUUCUAACCAUGGACGAGCAAGAAGAUCUGCCCAAGGACAUGCUGGAACAGCUCUUGAAAUUUGUUCCUGAAAAAAGUGACAUUGACCUCUUGGAAGAACAUAAACAUGAACUGGAUCGGAUGGCCAAGGCUGAUAGAUUCCUUUUUGAGAUGAGCCGAAUCAAUCAUUAUCAGCAAAGGUUGCAAUCACUGUACUUCAAAAAGAAGUUUGCAGAACGUGUGGCAGAAGUUAAACCUAAAGUAGAAGCAAUUCGUUCUGGCUCAGAGGAAGUGUUUAGGAGCAGUGCCCUGAGGCAGUUGCUGGAAGUGGUUUUGGCAUUUGGGAAUUACAUGAAUAAAGGCCAAAGAGGCAAUGCAUAUGGAUUCAAGAUAUCCAGCCUAAACAAGAUUGCUGACACAAAAUCCAGUAUUGACAAGAACAUUACCCUUUUGCACUAUCUCAUAACUAUCGUGGAAAAGAAAUACCCCAAGGUUCUCAGUCUAAAUGAAGAAUUGCGGGAUAUUCCUGAAGCAGCAAAAGUAAACAUGACUGAGCUGGACAAAGAAAUAAGUACCUUGAGAAGUGGCUUGAAAGCAGUAGAGACAGAGCUGGAAUAUCAGAAAUCUCAGCCCCCACAGCCCGGAGACAAGUUUGUGUCCGUUGUCAGCCAGUUCAUCACAGUAGCCAGCUUCAGCUUCUCUGACGUUGAAGAUCUUCUAGCAGAAGCUAAAGAUUUGUUUACUAAAGCAGUGAAGCACUUUGGAGAAGAAGCCGGCAAAAUACAGCCCGAUGAGUUCUUUGGCAUUUUUGAUCAGUUUCUUCAAGCUGUGUCAGAAGCCAAACAAGAGAAUGAAAACAUGAGAAAGAAGAAGGAGGAGGAAGAACGCCGAGCUCGCAUGGAAGCUCAGCUCAAAGAACAACGCGAAAGGGAACGUAAAAUGAGAAAAGCAAAAGAGAAUAGCGAAGAAGGUGGAGAGUUUGAUGACCUGGUUUCAGCUUUGCGCUCAGGAGAAGUCUUUGACAAAGACCUUUCUAAACUGAAACGGAAUCGCAAACGCAUUACCAACCAGAUGACGGACAGCGGCCGGGAGAGACCAGUCACAAAACUUAAUUUCUAAUUUUCCUUGAACGCUUUUUUAGAAAGCUCGUUAGCAGUCCUUUGAAGUGACUAGAAUGUUUCAUUACACUGCCUUGCAAUCUAAACAGUGGCAAUUCCUUCUUCCAUCUGUGAGUGUGUGUGUCGUGUGUCGUGUGUGUGUGUGUAUGUAUGUAUAUAUAUAUAUAAUGUAUAUAGAAGUCUGAAUGUUGUCUGGAGAGCUAUAUGUAUGGUUAAAAAAAAAUCUGUGUUAAUGUAUGUGCUCAGAAACCCUUCGUAUGCAUUCAUAUUGAGUGUGACUCAUUUUCUGUCCCUGAACACCAUGACUGUUCAGAAGCACAAUACUGUCUCCUGAAAGAGAUGACAGAGUCAUUCCCUAAAGAAAAUGAAACACAAAAAGCAAAAAAGAAGAAGAAAAAGGCUUGUGAAAUACUUUAGGUUUCCAAGCUUGGCAUACUUUGAAAUUUAUUUUCAUUGGUGGAACUGGUGUUGGAAAAUAUAUAGAUUUAAAAUGGUUUUUGAUAGUUGACAAGGUGAUAUUGGUGCAUCGCAUCAGUAAUUGAUAGGACCAGCGAACAGUUUCUGGCAUUGGUGUGGGAUUACAGUCCGUAAGUGUUUAUUAAGAACAGCCUGCACGCAAUCUGAAUUAGGUAGAAAGUCAGGAUUUUUUAUGUAUUUAAAACUUGAGCAUCAACUAUUUUGGGGCGGUUUUUCUAAUCUCAUUGAGUUCUCUGCCAAGUGCUCUUGAUUUCUUUAAACUGCUUUUGGAAAGAACACCAUUUAUCUAAAUGCAAUCCAUGCUCCUGUUAAAGAACAAGACUGUCAGAAUGUGCUUGUUGUUCUAACAAUAUAGAUAUAUAAACUUUAAAAGUAAAAUUUCCACCCAAGACUUAAAAGGAGGAAUUCUCUGAAGGAAUAAAGAUUAUAAAAGGGUUUUUUCUUUUUUUUAAAUAGGGGUGCUUUUUUUUUUUUUUCCUAUUUUCUGUUCUGUGGGACAAACUGCGUCUUCUGUAAAUAUGGGCCUGGAUAAAAGGACACUUAGCGAAUGCACAGAAUGCCAACAGUACCCACAGAGAUGCAGAGAUCUGCUUAUCUCUAUGUACAUUUGAAGUGGUUUGCUGUUUAUAUGUUGUCAUUUUAAAUUGCGUGUCAUAAAGCUACCUGUAAUAUUUCAGUCCAAAAAAUAAAGCUCUCAGGGAGAAAUGAAUAAAAACAAUGAACAUUAGAAAAUAAAAUAUAGAUACUUUACCAUUAAUCUACCAGCUCUUAAUAUCCUUAAAUUAUAUGAUAUAUGACUGUUACUUUUUUCUCUUUUUUUUUUUUUGCUUUAUUUAUUAGUAGUGGGGGAGGGGGGCAGAGGUUCUCUCUUUUCUUUCCAUUGAUUCUGUUGUGGUUGGGUUUCCUGUGGAGAGAGUAGUUUGUCCUGUUGCACUAGAAACAUUAUUUACUCACUAAAUUGAGUUUUUCAGUUAACAAAUAUUUAUUGAACACCUACCAUGUGCCAGGCAUAGUAGGACUACAAUAGUAAACAAGACAGAGUCCCUGCCCCCAAGGAGCUUACGUUCCAAUAGGGUUAGUAAGGGACGAAUAGACUACCAAUGUGUUCACUGUACAGGAAUCAUGGUAUUUAAAAAUAAUUUGUAUAAACUGUAAUGCUUAGCACAGAUGGCGAGCUAUCUGUGCUCUGUGAAAGCUGUGAAAUAGUGCUGUUAAGAGUUGUCAAGAGCUGUGGUUUUACAUUUUUUCCUCAUUGCAAACUUAGUGACUUUCUACAAAUUAUAUAAAAGUAAAUGACUAGCAAAUUAAAAAAAGGGUCGUAAAUACAGAGGCCGAGCUCUCCAACUCCUAUUUUCCAAGGUCUACAAAUACACUCUGUUGAAGGUGCAGAUGGAGACUUUGCUCAAAAAAGCUUGGAGAUAAUGAGAAAGAGCGGGACACAGGCAGUCCCCAGGUUACAAACAAGAUCCGUUCCCGAGUGUGUCUUUGAGUCCAAUUUGUAGGUAAGUCAGAGCAGGUGCACACAGUUCUUAUUUGGUGGCGCAGUGGUUAAAAGCAACCAAUUGCUAACCGAAAGGUCAGAGACCCAAAACCACCAGCGGCGCCUCAGGAGAAAGGUGUGGUAGGCUGCUUCCAUAGGGAUUUACAGCCUUGGAAACCCUAUGGGAUUGCUGAGUUGGAAUCGACUCGAUGGCAGUGGUUUGGGUUUGGGUUAGUGUGAAAACAAGGCUUGAAGCCUUUUCAGUGAUUUAAAAGCUACGUGUGCAGCAAGUGAAGGUGAUUGUGACGUAGCAAGUGAAGAGGAUUGUGAUGAAGCCUUUGUUCCCUGUAGGAGUUGUUGCAGCCGUUUCAAAGUGAGGGCAAAUUUACGUAACAUUAAAGGGCAAGUGCUCGUUGUUCAAAAGUCAGACGUCGGUAACCUGGGGACUUCGUGUAUAUUGAUGGUUUCAUCUAUUCCUUAACUAAAGUGCCUCUCUAUUUUUUUCUAUUUAUAGCAGGAAAAAUCUGGCUCAGUUUUGGAAUCGUCUUUUGAAAAUGGCUUUGUUUUACAGUUUAAGGAAUGAACAAAAGGAGGGAGAGUCACAAAAAGGAGCAAAGUUUUUAAGCAUGUCCCUCUUGCCCAUUUAACCAUCCUCAUUUUGAAAUGGUCAUCCUGGUAGGCCUCCUUUGCCAUUUCCCUUUUUGAUUUCUUUCCUCAAAAGCUGUGUGUAGGUAAUUCCAUGUGCCAUUGUUGAAAAAAAAAAAACUACUUUUUAGAU